AUGACAAUCCUCACAGGCCGCCCGUUGCAUUGGGCAAUUACAGCUGCAGCUGGCUCCGGCUUCCUAUUGUUCGGAUAUGACCAGGGCGUCAUGUCAGGGCUGUUGACAGGCUCAGCCUUCACAGCCCAGUUCCCCGAGAUCGACACCAACGAGGGCUCCAACGGCAGCGCAUCCCUUCAGGGCACCGUCGUCGCCAUUUACGAGAUCGGGUGCUUCUUCGGUUCCAUCCUCGCCCUCGUCUUCGGAGAGAAGCUCGGCCGCCGGAUGACGAUAUUGAUUGGGUGUCUUAUACUAUGUGUUGGCGGGGCGCUUCAAGCCUCUGCAUACUCGAUCCCGCACAUGAUCGUUGGACGUAUUGUGGCGGGUCUCGGGAAUGGAAUGAACACUAGUACCAUCCCUGUGUGGCAUUCCGAAUUGAUGCAGGCGGAUAAGCGUGGUAAAGGGCUUAGCAUUGAGCUCGCCAUCAACAUUUUCGGUGUUAUGACGGCUUACUGGGUGGACUAUGGAAUGUCCUACGUCAACAACCACGCACAGUUUAGAUUCCCAUUGGCUUUGCAAUGUCUUUUCGCUGUUCUCACAAUUGCCCUGAUGCUAGUCUUGCCAGAGUCACCACGAUGGCUCAUUGCGCAAGACCGACACGACGACGCACGCCAGAUCCUUGUAGCCCUGCUCCCCAACAAGAGACCCGAUGAGGAUUUUGUCAACAGGGAGAUGGCAGAGAUCCAACACGCAAUCGACGAGGAGAGAGAGGCAGCCCAUGGCAGCUCGUACAAAGCACUGCUUAAGAAUGGGCCCCAAAAGUUCUUCUAUCGAACAAUGCUGGGUAUUGGAGGCCAGUUUAUGCAACAACUCUCAGGGAUUAAUCUGAUUACCUACUAUGCACCUGUCAUCUUCCAGCAGUCCGUCGGGCUCACCCACAACAUGUCCAUGUUGCUGGCUGGAUUCAACGGCGUCGCCUAUUUCCUGAGCUCACUCAUCCCGAUCUGGGUCAUCGACAGGCUGGGCAGGCGGAAGCUUAUGCUCUUCGCCGCUGCCGGACAAGGCUGCUGCAUGGCAAUCCUAGCCGGGACCGUGUCUGAUGGCUCUGCUUCAGCUGGAAUUGUCGCGUCUAUCAUGCUGUUCGCGUUCAACUUCUUUUUCGCGAUCGGAUUGCUGGCUAUUCCCUGGUUGCUUCCUGCCGAAUAUGCCCCGCUCGCGAUUCGUCAGAGAGCGGCUGCACUUGCGUCAGCAUCUAACUGGAUCUUCACGUUCCUGGUGGUCGAGAUCACACCAGUUAGUAUCGGCAACAUUGGUUAUCGCACAUAUAUCUAUUUCUGCAUCUUCAACUUCUGCUUCUUGCCCUUGAUCUACUUCUUCUACCCAGAGACGCAGAACCUAACAUUGGAGCAAAUUGACAAGUUGUUCACCGGGGACAAGGUCAUGCUCCAUUGGACACCAUCUAUGGGUCAGAUCGGUGACGUGGGCGAGAUCAAGGACGGUGUUGUGGAACAGCACCUCGAGAAACAAGUUGCCUAG